AUGGACGGCAUUAACGAACUGGUCCUGCGGAUGAAGAGGAUCAAGGAUCAGCAGGAGACUCUGCGCUCGGUGCGGAAUGGCCUUCGCGAGAGGAGAGAUCAGAAGUACAGGCAGAUGGAGGCCGCCGAAACAGCCUUCACCAGGGUCUGGCGGGGCCAGUACACGGAGGCUCAGCGGGACUCCGAGGAGGGGCGAGAAUUCAAGUCCGCAGCUGUCAAGAGCUACAUGGAUGUUUGGGAGGAGAUCAAGAAGUUUGACAGGCAGAUCGCGCAGCUGGACGAGCAGAUCAGCGACGAGGAGGCCAAGCAGAGGGACGCGCAGCUUGCACUUUGGGACGAGCACGAUCAGAAGAGGCUAUGA